GCGCAGCCGCGGAGACGUGGUCCAGGCUCCUGCCCGUGCCUCAUUGUGCCUCGGACAACGAGUGUACGCAGUUACCACACAGUUACCAAGCAGUUACCUCAGAGCCGCGGCGCAGACGUAGGCCUCAGGUCUCGGGCCUCAGGUCUCGGGCCUCAGAGCCAGACCCCGCCAUCUCACGAUGUCAUUGGGGACCCAGGAACAGGAUUUUGUUAUUAUAACUGUCGACGACAGUGAUGAUAACGAUUAUUGCAGUAUUGAGAUGGUGGAAGUUUCUGAAACAGCAGAUAAUUCCACUAAUGACAUAGCAGAUGAUUCCACUUAUGUCACAGCAGAUAAUCCCACUGAAGACACAGCCACACAACCAAAUUUUCCAGGCGGCAAUGAUGGCCAUCACCGUCCACUCCAAAUGUCAUAUGGGUCUGGCUCUGUCACCCAGGCUGGAGUGCAGUGGCAUGAUCACAGCUCACUGCAGCCUCAACCUCUUGGACUCAAGCAAUUCUCCCACCUCAGCCUUCCCAGUAGCUGGGAUGACAGGUGCACGCCACCAUGCCCAGUAGCCCAUGGUGACCAAAUAGUUUCACAGAUAAACCACCCAGUACAUUUAAGAAGAUACAGUUACAACUCAGAGGAAGUGGAUUUGCCAAAAAGAGGAAGAUUCUGUACUCUAGAGGUACAGUCUAGCAUAUCACCACCAGCGGAAAGGCAGGAAACCCAUGCCUGGGCCAGCCCUGCUGUAACAUCUCUUGAGUCAGCAGCAUGUCAUGAACUGCAGGAAGCAGACCUCAGUGAGAGUUUAUCAUAUCCCAGAAUUGUCUCCUCAAGUUCAUUACAGCAGUAUGUCGCACAAGGUGGCUCAUUUCCUUGUUUCGGUAUGCCAUGGAACUUUAUCAGUGGAGGUGCUGAAAGUACCAAUGCUGUCAUCUCAUUUGCCAACGCUACUACAGCAGUACCUAUGGCAGGUCUGUCACAAAGAGAAUCCAGUCUGGCAAAUAACCCUGGUGUGGUGAAUUACUCUGCUCUACCAGAAAAUGAAAAUGUGGUCCCAGGUAGAGCCUUGUCAUCUUUCUGCUUCCAUCCCAAUUUGGAAAUGCCAGAAAGACCAGCAAACAGCAGUAAAAACAGCACUGAGACAGCGAAUUACUCAACUUUAAUGGGAAAUUACAAUGGCCAAAAUACUGCCUCUUUAUCUGUCUUCAUCCCUCCCUAUUUCGCUGAGAAAAUUAUACUUACUGAAAUGCCAGGAACAACAGAAACCAACGUGGAAAAUAACUCUCAGACAGUGUAUUACCCAGCUUUAUCGGGAAAUACGAGUGCCCCAUAUCCAGCCUCUUCAUAUCUUCCCAUCACUUCUAAUUUUGUACUUGAAAGAGUUGCAGAAAUGCCAGAAACAGCAGGAACUAACGUAAAAAACAAUACUCAGACAGUGAAUUACCCACCUUCAUCAGGAAGGGGCCGUAGUCAAGAAACAUUGGGAAAAGCACGAACCAGCCCAGGAAAGAGGUCUGCAAAAACAAAUUACAGACCUUUAUUAGAAAACAACAGUCACCAGAAUGUUUCCUCAUUAUUUCAUAGCGUUCCUUGCAAUUUUGAAUCUGGCCCACAAAUGAGUUCUGGGACAAUGAGUUACUCAACUGAAAUGAAAAAUAACUGUGACCAAGAUGAUGCUUCAGCAUCUGCCUGCCUCACUCCCGAUUUUGCACUGUUACCUCUGAGUAUUUUGGUAAAAGUAGACACCAACACGGAAAACAGCCUCAACACAAUGAAUCGCUCAACUUUAUUGGACAGUGACAGUGGCCAGGAUUCUUCCUCAUCAUCUGUCUGUAUCCCUCCCAAGUAUGGCUAUCUUGGUGAUCCAAAAAGAAAUGUCAGAGUACUUAAAAUCCAUUUGCUGGCCGUACAAAAUAUGGCCAAACCUAAGCAAGCAGCCUGCUACUUGGUUCGUAUUUUGUUCUCCAAGGAAAUCCUGAUUAGCAGCUCAGUGGAUAUCCAUUUGAAAGACAGCCAAUCCCUCGACCCAAACAAAAUGGCUGCAUUGAGAGAAUAUCUGGCAACAACUUUUCCCACCUGUGAUUUGCAUGAACAUGGAAAAGACUGGCAGGACUGUAUUUCUGGUAUCAAUUCUAUGAUCUACUGUUUAUGUUCUGAAGGCAAGAGUACUCCAAAAACUGUUCGCAAAAAUAAAAAACGUACCAACCCUGUUGCAUCGGCAUCUGCAGAUAGAAAUGACCAAAGGGGCAGAGAUGGUGGUGAAGGCUGUUCUUGGAUGUUUCAGCCAAUGAAUAACUCCAAAAUGAGAGAAAAGAGGAACUUGCAGCCAAACAGUAAUGCUAUCCCUGAAGGAAUGGGAGAACCUUCCACUGAUAAUCCAGAGGAACCUGGUGAAGCAUGGAGCUAUUUUGGAAGACCAUGGAGAAAUAUACGGAUGCCAUGUUCAGUACUGACUUUGGCAAAAACUAAGUCUUGCGCAAGCCUGUCGGCUAGAUACCUUAUUCAGAAACUCUUCACAAAAGAUGUCCUGGUCCAAAGUAACGUCUAUGGCAAUCUGAAGCAUGGCCUGUGUGCCCUUGACCCCAAUAAGAUUAGUGCUCUCCGAGAGUUCCUCCAAGAAAACUACCCAAUUUGUGAUCUCUCGGAAAAUGGAAGAGACUGGAAGUCGUGUGUGACCUCCAUCAACGGCGGUAUCCGUAGCCUUAGACAUGACGUCAGAAGGGCUGAAGCCAGGUCUCAGUCGCUUCCAGCAGUGACCCCUCCAGAGUUGGAGCAGGAGUCAAAGCCAGGAGAUCCCGACGCCACUGACCCAAGCACCUGAACGGCAGCUGCCAAACUUUUUUUUUUUUUUUAACUGUUAAGACUAUUUUGUAAGUUUCUCAAGUUCUAAUUCCAAAAUCAGCCUGCUGUACUGGCAGAGUAGUUUGCAUUGACACCUGUAGUAAUCGCCAAACCUCUUUUUCUGCUCAUAAAGGAGGUAGAAUCACAUUAGGAAGAUAUGUAAUGUUUCAUCUGUGGAUUUGAUGACAACCUCUGAUUGAGGGAAUGGUAGUAAACUCCUCAUGGGCUUGUGACCCAUGGCUUUGACUUAGAUAAUUGACAUUAAUAUACUUUGUUUUUUUGAUAAGGUAGAGAAAGAAAUUCAAUAGAAAGUAAGGAGCCACUCAGUCAAAUAAUAUAAUUCGUAUAAAACUUGACAAGUCUUUUUAUUUUUGUGACUUGUGAGAUAGUUUAAGAUAUUUUUAUGUGACCAAUUUGUAGAAUGAAUACAUAUUUUCAAAUUUAUCUUUUCAAAACUCAACUUUUAGAGUAUUUUAGCAAAAUAUACGUAUAGUUUAUAAUAUAGAAGUAUAGCUUUAUAAAGAUAUUAAGGAUUUAUUUUUUAAAAUAAUUCUCUUAAUAAUUUGCUGUAGUAGUUGCCUUCAGCUUAAUAAAACCAUAGUACUUCCACAUACAUCUUUAUAAGUUAGGCUAUGCCUACAAAGGUCUUAAAAAGUAGAUAAUUUACCGGGUGUAGUGGCUCACACCUGUAAUCCCAGCACUUUGGGAGGCCGAGACGGGUGGAUCACCUGAGGUCAGGGGUUCGAGACCAGCCUGGCCAACAUGACGAAACCCCAUCUGUACUAAACAUACAAAAAAAGUAGCCAGGCAUGGUGGCAAGCACCUGUAGUCCCAGUUACUCGGGUGGCUGAGGCAGGAGAAUCACUUGAACCUGGGAGGUGGAGACUGCAGUGAGCCGAGAUUGUGCCACUGCACUCGAGCCUGGGUGACAGAGUGAGACUCCGUCUCGGGAAAAGAAAAAAAAGAAGUAGAUAAUUAAAAAAAUCUUGCAUAAAAAAAAUCUUCCAUAAAGGGCAAAAAGGCUUUAACUUCCAUUAUUCAGAUUUAAUCCAACUAAGAUAGUCUUUGGCUUCAUUCACUGUUCAGUUUCACAAGUUAUUUUACAACUACUAGUAACAGAGCUAAUACAGAAUAGUAAUCCACAUUAUAAACAUAGAUCAAAAUACCACAUCAUACCCCAUAAAUACAUGCAGUUAUUAUUUGUCAAUUAAAAAUAAAAUUUUUUUAAAAGAAAAGUACAGUUCGACCCUAGGCAAGAAGAAAUUUCAAAUUGUAUAUGCAUAUUUUGAAUUUGGUUUAUAUUUUGUGGUAUCUGAAAUAUUCCCUGGACUAGAAGCAAAACCACAGAAACAAAACUUUACAUUUAGAAAAAAAUUUCAAGACUUCUAUUGCUAACUUUAUUACAUUAGUGGUUUUUAGAAGUUAUUUAGAGCAGUCUUGUCUGAUAGAACUUUCCACCAUGAUAGAAAUGUAAAUAAAUAUACCACAUUAAAAAUAUAAAUUUGCAAUGUCCAGUAGGCUCGUAUGGCUAUUGAGCAUUUAAGAUGUAAUUAAUUAGACAGAGGAAGUAAAUUUAACAUUUUCUCUCAUUUUAGCUAAUUAGAAUUUAAAGUGAAAUAGCCACAAGUGGAUAGUGGCUACUGUGUUGGAUGGCACAGUUCAAAAUGCCCCUUAUUUAUAAAAAAAGUGUUUAAAAGUGGUUCCCAUGGCUUGAAGAGGAAUAAUAUACACAUAACUUCUUUAAAAUCACAUUUUGUUUGAGAUGGAGAUCUUGCUAUAUUGCCCAGGCUUAUCUGGAACUCCUGGGCUCAAGAGGGAGGAUCACAUUUGACUGGACAAAAUACAUUUUAUAAAGGUGUUUUGUAUUUUAUGUUAAAGUGGAAUUGUGUCUUCAAAAUUGUGUCUUCAAAAUUUCACAAGUUAAUUCUAUUACUGUAUUAGUCCAAUGUUAAACAUUUUAAAUGCCUGCUCAUAAGACUCAUUUUUGAUAAAUAAAUGUAUCUUUAAUGUUUUGUUUCCCAAAUAGAUACAAUAAAUAAACAUUUAAAAUGCCUUAA